CCGAGUUCAUUCAGCCAUGUCAUUUGUUAGGGCAUCAUUCAGGACGCGUGCGCUACUCGCCAACGCGCGCCGCUUCAACUCGACUACCUCAACACCGCCACCUGCGCCGAAGAAGUCAUCGAAUCUGCCCUUGUUCCUCGCUGGUGCCGGUGUUGCUGGUCUCGCCGCCUACGUCUACCUCGACCGCAGCGGCAAGGAACAAGUUAAGGCCAAGGUGCACAAAGUGCAGGAAAAGAGUCCGCUGGACCCGGAUAACUUCGUUGACUUCAAGCUCAAACGUGUUGAGCCUUACAACCACAAUACUGCGACGUACGUGUUUGAGCUUCCAGAUGGCCAGUCUUCUCUCCUUCCCGUCGCUUCCUGUGUUAUUGUCAAGUCCGCCAGCGACUCGCCUGCUCCCCUGAUGGGCACGAAUGACAAGCCCGUCGUUCGCCCAUACACACCCGUCUCACCUUCUGAGCUCGAGGGCGAGCUGCACUUCCUCAUCAAGCGCUACGAGUCUGGCAAGAUGUCCAAUCACAUACACGGACUGAAGCCCGGUGAAAGCCUUGCUAUCAAGGGUCCCAUCCCGAAGAUUCCCUAUGAGACCAACAAGUGGGAUGAGGUGGGCAUGAUUGCUGGGGGCAGCGGAAUCACCCCAAUGUACCAGAUCCUGAACCACGCACUCUCGGACCCGAACAACAAGACUCGUUUCACUCUUAUCCUCGCUAACAUGACGCCCAACGACAUCUUGCUGAAGGAGAAGUUCGACGAGCUGAAGGUCAAGCACCCUGAAACUUUCAACGUCGUUUACACUGUCGACAAGGCCGGGAGCGACUGGAAAAGUCCGAUCGGCUACAUCAACAAGACGCUUAUUCAGCAGCACAUUCCACCGGCAUCUCUCGCGGAGAAGGUCAAGGUCAUGGUGUGCGGCCCGCCGGGACAAGUGGAGAGUGUAUGUGGCAAGAAGGACGGCAUGAAGCAGGGUGCAGUCGGUGGUAUCCUCAAGGAGCUUGGGUACGCUGAGGAUCAGGUCUUCAAGUUCUAGACAGAGUUGACACCUGCGAUGUGGUAAUUGAUGCUCAAAUAUAUCAUAAUACAAGUGAC